AUGAAUUCCAAAGAAGAUUCGAAUACCAAUUUUACGGAAGUACGGAGAUUGAGAACAACGCACCAGUCACAACUUACAAAAUUAUAUAACGAUAUAGAGAAGAAGUUGGUGACUUACGAUAAUGUUGAUAUAGUGAAAACCUCAGCGAAGAAAGUACAUGAACGAUUUCAUUCAUUUCAAGAAGCUCAUCUACAAUGUCUGGAUAAGUGUUCCGACAGUCAGAUGACUGAAACGCUUGAAAAUAAUUUUGACAGCUGCAAAAGGAACUACGAGGAGUUCUGUGAAAGAAUAUCACAAUGGUUAAAUCAAAUUUCGGACAUUGUUACUUUAAAUGAACAUCGCAGCGAGGUCGGAAGCUCUAAAAACAAAUCCAGUGAAACCCAGGAAAUCGAUAAUAUGAGUUCCGUUUCCGCUACACCAUCUGCGCGUUCGAGCCGCUCUCGAUUUCGUGAUGCCAGAGUUAAGCGCUUGAAAGCUGAACAACAGAUCAUAGCAUUGGCUAGGAAACAGGAACUGGAACGUGCACGCAGAGAAAUCGAAGACAAGGAGAAGAUUAUUGAACAACAAGCUGAACUUGAGAUUGCGAGAUUAGAGGAAUCAGUCUGGCAGGAGGCGGUGAUAGAAGACGAAGGUGAGACGCAAGAAGUGAGCGAAUCAAUGACGCACCAAAGAACCGAGGAUCGCAGAAAUGUGAGGUGUAUACCGCCGUACGCAACGGAACCGGAAGUCGGAAACUCGAUGCGUAUGAUGAACACGGUGACACAAACGGGUACUCAAGGGAGUUCUCAUGACAUCCAAGACCAAGGUAACCAAAUGAAGGGACCAGGCGUCAGCUCAACUACUAUCGAUGUCGCAUUCAGUAGAUUAGCGUCCGUUCUUCAAGAAGGAUUCAACCUUCCGAAACCAGAAAUACUUAGCUUCGAUGGAUCACCCAUGAACUACACUAAGUUCAUUAAGAACUUUGAAACGAACAUUGAAAACAAGAUAAAUGACAAUAGUACUAGGUUAAGUUAUUUAAUUCAGUACUGCAAAGGUGAGGCUAAAUCUUCUAUUGAAGAUUGCGUUUUAUUAGAACCUACAGAAGGUUACAAAAGGGCACGAGAAAUAUUGUACUCUCGUUAUGGUCGAUCGCAUGUUAUUGUUAGGUCUUACAUAGACAAAUUAGUAUACGGAGACCAAAUUAAGGCAUCAGAUGUAGAGGAGCUAUCUAGGUUAGCUCUUGAAAUGCAGAAGUGUGAAAUAACUCUUUCUCAGUUAGGAUUUAGGUCAGAUAUAGGCAACUCUGAUAAUUUGAGACGGAUUGUUAAGAGAAUACCAAUGCAUUUGAGAACAAAAUGGGUAGAUAUUGCACACUCGAUCACUGAAUCUGGUAGAGAGCCACGUUUCUCUGACUUAGUUAAGUUUGUAGAUGACAAAUCUAGGGUAGCAAAUUCAAUGUAUGGUCUUGAUCUCACGCGAGAAAUUAAGUCACAUGUAAAACCCAAUCAAUGUUUACAAAAACUUAUGUUCAUUAUUUCAUGCAUUGUGGUCAUCAUUCCAUGGAUUUUCAGAAUAGCAAUUUUCUAUCGGUAUGAAGACAGUGAACACGAUGAUAAGGACGAUGCUGCACGUGACCGGAAGUUAACAUUGCACUUUGCUUACUUUCCCGGCAGCAUGCUGAGUUUCUUAACUCCUGUGCAUGGCGUCUUCGUAUUCUGCUACGCUAUACUGGUAGCAGACAGUGUUUUAUUUGGACUUCUAGAAUUGAUAAGUUCAGAACUGAAACGAAACAUUGAAAUUGUUCUUCGAAAGUGCUUCCGAGACAUGCAUGAAUCUUCGUAUUCGAGAUCAUUCGGAUGGGCUAUAAGAACUUUGCUUUAUCCAUUCAAGGAAUAUGGCGUUUUCGCCUUUUUCAUCGUCGGAAUAUACUGGCUGUUCGUUUUACCAGUUAUCAUCAUAGGUCUAGCAUUUUAUUGCGUACCAACACUUAACAUCGUGCUGCGAUUACUGUGUCAUCUGAUCAUUGUGGUCUUCCCAAAUUUCAAAUGUGUAUCCAGAUUGAAAGAGAAAAUCAGCGUAGUUGGCCUUCUCAGAAGAGAAACUAUUGCUCGCCUGUCUACAAAAUCAAGUGGUGGCUUUCGUACUGUACAGUUAGUAACCAUUUUAUUGAGCAUAUUGGCUUUGAUGUCCUGUGUAAUUUUAGUUGUCGAAGUCAUUGUUUUCUUCGUUGAGAUGAUAGUCUAUACCUUGAUUGGUGUCAUUCUCAAUGCUUCUCAAACUCUGAAAUACAUUUCCUUACUUUUCAUGUUGUCGUUGUAUGCUCGAGACUGUUUUGGUAGCGUUACUCAGAAAUAUCAAACUUUUAAUCAAGCCAUUCACAAGGCGCUUCUCGGAAGAGCGAAAGAACAGGUAGACAAGGUGGCAUGGCAGACGGAAGAUAGACAGCCAAACACUGCCUUCCAGAUCAGCGUUGAUGACCAUAACGACCAGGUUAUAUCGAUGGAUUCCUUUCCUCAUAUGUGUAGUGGCGUCCUGAAAUGGAGUGUUCCACGCGUUCUGUUAUUUUUAGAUAAUCGCGACAAACCGUACAUUACUCGAACAUUCUUUUUCAAAUCCGCCUACAUUGAUCACGUGGGUUGUCCUGGAAGUCUAUACAAAAACUUAGUGAGUGCCCUUCGUCAGUUUUUGACAAUUAUUCUAUUUCUUUUGUUUGUUAUAAUUGUUGUAAUGGCCUUUGGAAACGACUACUCAGUUUCUGGUGUUAAUCAAAUGCUGGCCACACUCGCUGGAGGUUUUCUACCAUGGGUUUUCCGCAAUGUUCUCUUCAAGCCUCCCGCUGACGUGGAGGUAGACACCUCUAGUCUGAGCUUCCAAAAUCUCUUUGAUAACGUGAUCAAGAAUUACAGACAGAACUGGCCGGUAGCUGACAUUAUUGCAGAUUCAAAGCAACCUGAAAAUCAAGAUGUAGAAACAAUGGUAAAUUCUUCUGCUGAAGGAUCUUCUCCUUGUGAGGAAACUGGAAGUGUCACCAAGUUAAACGAGGUGCGUGAGAGGAGAAACAACAUAUUGAUUGUGAACAUGUCAACCAGGGUAAAAUCUGAACGUGACAUAACAGACGUUUGAUGGCUAAAUCUCUCCAUUUCAAUUGACAUUACAAGUAUAUUAUGUUUGAUAUUGAGGGUCUUUUUAUGAAACAUCUCAAAUGCCCUCAUUGAGAUAUUUUCCGUGUCCUAUGGCGAUAUCGAUGAGUUCAUAGUUGCUGUAUAUAUGUUGACGUACAUAAAUUGUCAUCCAUUAUCCCCUUUUCCUUGUCUUCUAUAUAUACUUGUUUAUAUUCAUGUGGUACACAUAUACACUUGUUUAUAUUCAUGUGGUACACAUAUACACUUGUUUAUAUUCAUGUUGUACACAUAUACACUUGUUUAUAUUCAUGUUGUACACAUACACACUUGUUUAUAUUCAUGUUGUACACAUAUACACUUGUUUAUAUUCAUGUUGUACACAUAUACACUUGUUUAUAUUUAUGUUGUACACAUAUACACUUGUUUAUAUUCAUGUUGUACACAUAUACACUUGUUUAUAUUUAUGUUGUACACAU